AUGUACAUCCCAGUUCCUCCAAAAGAACUACAUCUGGCCGUAAAUGAUACUCUGCUCACCAACGCCGCGGACAACUGCGGCCAUGAAGAGGAGGCAGUUGACGAGAAUACCAACGAGGAGGAGGGCUGUGGGCAGGUCACCAACUGGAUCGAGAUUGACGAUCCUGUGCGAAUCACUUGCAGCAGUGAGCCCUCGUUGCCAGAAGCCCAGCUUGAAUGGCUAGUAAACGGGGAGGUUCCGCAAUUCGACACCUACAGGGCGGUCGAUCUGCCAGUUUACCAGUUUCCGUUGAGGUCCGUCGGGGACAGCUGUCAGUGUGGCCAUGUCUGCGGCGGUCGGGAGCAGGCGACUGACAUGACGCGACAGUUGAAUCACGGCGUGGUCGUCCGGUUGAGGACAUAUACGGUGAAGAUAUGCGGCAUGGCGAAUAAUUCAGAGAAGUUGUAAGCAAUUACAAUUCAUGUAGUAAUUUACAUCUUUCCCUCAGUAACCCCUUUGGACUUAAAUAUGUUUUUGCCUCAGCACGCUUUUUUCUACUUAUGAUGAUAUAAUGGAACAAGUAAGACUGCGCCAAAUGGAAACGAAGUUUGGGUGGAACUACUCCCCCCAAAGCGAUAAUGCAGGUCUAGUCGGCUGGAUUUUGCAACAACCACUGACUCCGGUUCAUAUCUAAGAACUGUAAUGAUACUGCGUGCUCGAUCUUCAAACACAUCUUAUGUAUACGUAAUCAAUCAAAAGAAUAUUCGAAGUCGACACUAGAAAGCCAGUAAAAAGGGCACGUUCAUCCAUGUAUAAACAUUCGAAUAUAAUCAACUUUUUUCAACCAACCUGCAUUGAGAAAAAUAUUUACUUUGGUCAUUUCAAGCGGUGUUUCUAAAGCGUUGCAUUCUUGGGUCUGCUUUUGAAGCACAAAUUCGAGAUACUUCUGCAUAAAGAGUAUAGAAUUAACGGCAUUUUAACUGCCCGCUGCUAGCGAGUGCUUUGAUUUCAUGUCAAGUGUGAAAAUUUGACGCAAUAUUUUGAAUAGUUGAAAUCCUCAUCUUAGAAUGAGUAUUGGUGAAUAAACUCUACUUUCAGAUUUCGGUCAUCUUCUACAAUGUUGCGUUCUCAUCUGCUCGUAAUCUAUUAGGAAAAUUACUAGGGUGCGUACGACUGAAAAUGUUUUGUUAUACGCAAGUGAAAUAUACACUACGGAGAUUCCGAUCGCUUGGUUUUACUAUGCAAAGUAGGGCUGAUCUUGAUGAAAAUUGAAUUUAGCUGAAAAGAAUCGGUGGAGGGCAAUCUGGGGGGCAGGAUAUCCAACGACAUCUCGGCUAAAAACUGGGAUUUCCUCUCGAGCACUUGUGUCCAUCUUCUGGACCAUGCAUACAUAAUUAAAGCCUACAGCAGCAUUCACCGUGUUACAAGAGCAUUGGGAUGUCUUGGGUGCGUCUUCUCAGGCAUUUUUAAAUAACUGUACACACACAGUUGCAUACUGCUUGGCUGCUAAUGCCCGUGAAAUACGAAAACACCAUGACUUAUUUCAUAAAUAUUCUGGACAUUUCUUGCAAAUUCAAGUAAGUCGUACGCACGAUGAGGCUUGAAAAACCAGUUCGUCAGACGAACCGAGGCCUUACUCAGGAGCAAAAGAGGACUGAAUGAUCAAAAUUAAAAAACAGCCCUGAAUGGGAACCUCUCAAAAUGAAACAGCGGUGGGUUCGAAUGUCCCGCUUGUAGCGUAAAAUCGAGUGCAGUAAACAGAGGAACCACAUGGACUGAAGCACCUCGAAUGAGGUCAUAAAGUUGUGGAAAUUAGGCACGAGUCCCAAGGAUCGAUUUCAAAGUCCGAGCCCUGUCUGCUGAACGGGCUGUUCUAAUGGGUGAACUCGUGUGUUUUUCGUGGUAGCAAACACAAAAAAAUUCUUUAAAAGUCAGGUUGGAAUCCAAUCCCUUCACAAUGAGGAUUUCUAAUAAGAGAUUCCUGCGAAUUUGUCUAUAACUCAUAAGAAAGCGGUCCGGAUCCGUUAGCGAAGUUGUUAGUGGAAAAGAGCUUUGAAGUCCAAACAUUUUCGUGGUUCGCCGUUGGACUCUUUCAGGACUUAAAUCUCGAAUCGACCGCCGUCAUCAGGCUUAUAUGCUGCAUUCCGAAUGCGACCUCCCAAAUAUCCUGAAUACCCGAGAGAAAUGGUCUUCAUCACAAUCCAUAAAUACUCGCUUGAUGACGUUCAGUACGAGGACUGCGAUUUUGCCACUCCUGAAUUUUCCGUCACCCCACCGAGAUUCUUCGGAGUCUCCAGGUCUUGUAAUGCUACAUCAUCGAGAAAGUAGUUUAUUUUGUUUGCAGAGCUGUCUGGGUAGUCUAGGCGAAUUCCGGUAAAGUUACCAACGUAAAACGCAUGAGUCGGAAAUCUGACCACUACUCCAACCGAUUUAGGUUGAUCUGCAGGUUAUCGUUGUCGUCUAAGCCCCGACUUACAUUCCAGGUCCUCAUACCGCCCGCAAGCAUUGCUGCCUUGCAUUCUAAAUCAUUUGUGCGGGCAUCCGUGCAUACUGGGAACGAAAUUAGUUCCGUGGCAGAGCCCGCGGGAAUCCCACUCUUGACUGCAGCUGGCUUUUAUUUUUAUCGACCGCCGUAAACAACCUGGCGCCGACCCACAAAGACGUUUUUGAUCCACUUCGGGAAGUUAUUUCUAAUUUAUACUCUUUUUAACCUGCACGACAGUAUUUAGUGCGGCACAGUUACGGGGCAUUUUGGAGGCAAUGAAGGCGAUGCGAACCGCGUGCAUGUCGUCGAUAGCUCGGGUACAGUCCUGGAGAGAUUGCAGCAGAUUUUUCGUCUUUUCCUGAACGAAUGUUGACAGCUGGAUAUCAAGUCGCGGACUCCGAGGAGCUAUCUAUCCGCUCUUCAUGAUCUCCAUACAUUUGCGAAGAAUGCCUGUCAAACUUAUGACCUGUGAUUUGUCAUCUUCGCCAGGCUAACGCUCUUGUAUGGGGGAGUUAUAUACGCCGACUUCCAAUGGAUUGGGAAUGUUCCGGUGUCAAAUGAUCUUUGAAAGAGCGUCGGCUGAGGUAUAGAAUGCUCGCUGGCAGCCAUACCUUCAACGCAAAGUUUCCUAUUACCGUCAGUCAUACGGUUUUCCCCCAUGGCUAAUGCCAACCAGUCAAGAGAACGUUUACGACAUAUCCAAGUAACUACGAGGCCUGAUUUUGGUUAAUUCAGAUGUAAUAUUGUCUUGGUUGUAGACUUUCCACCACUUCAGAGCUUCUCCUUACUGUUCAAUCCGCCUCACUGGACCAGGUGGAUGUUUGCUGUCGCCUUCGAAACAUGGAUGACUUCCUUUUAAAAAGCCCAUUUCGACAAAUUGCACAUUCGGAAAACAAUGAUACACAGAGAACUACCUGUGGAUUAAAUUCAAGAUUCAUUCUACUUCGAGUGCACAGUAGGUUCACAGGUUUUUGAGAAUUUUGCUUUAGAUUUCACUUAUUCUUCUUAUCUGUUCUUCAUUUUUGACAUCAUAUUUUGCAGUCCAUGUCUCUUGCGGCCGGAUCAAUUGAAUUUGAUUGUAAACAGUCGAAGGUUUUGAUUUGAAUUUGGACCGCGCCCAUGGAAUGUCCCAAAAGAACAUAUAUAUAGUUUAGAUAAUGGUACUUUCGAUGCAUAGCAAAAUAAAUUCCGCUUUUGAAAUGUGAUGAUAUAUAGGUAGGGCAUUUGCUUGUUUCGUAAAAAUCCGUUUUCAAUUGCUGUUUGCUCUGUUUUAAACAUUGCUGACGAAGAAAGUCAAUGGGAUCGGAAACAUUGGUGAUUGAGUGCCAGUUUUGUAGCUUGAACGUUAUAUUUUAUGUAUCGUUAUGAAUGGUCUGUUGAACAAGGAAAAUAUUAUAUGAAAUCUAUGGUCCCAAUCCAUCCCCUUCGAUAGAUCUCACGAAGAUGUCGUCUUUUGCACGAUGAUGAUGUGUGGGUUUGCCGUUUACCUACAAAUAAACCACUUGAACUUUAAAAACCUCCCGAAUGCUUGAGAUGACGGGAUGUCGCGGCGAGUUAAUGUAAGUGAAGCCGGCCACAACAGCGUCGUAAUGAAUGAUGCAAUCAUUGCACUUAAAGUAGGCGGGCUAAAUCAUGAAAUGCGUUUUCGUUUCGAAAAGAUUAAUUAAGUAGGGUUGUAAAAUAAUCAGUCUGCAGUAUAAUUCUAUAAUAAUCAAGUUACCUCAGGAUGCCGGCUUUCGAAAGGACCUCCUCCCGGCUGCAUGCAAAAACUAGACUCUGUAGAGAAGGACUACUUAUGUAACGUGCAUUUUUCUCUUUGAUUUUCGAUGCCGCUAAAAUUCCAAUCACAGUUCAUGGAAAACAUGCAUAACAAUAUUCAUUCACCCGCCCAUUCGGUAGAAAUUUACGCCUUCAUUCAAAUUUUUGCUCGAAAGAGGGACAUUAUUCGGUCUUAAAAAGUUUCUAAUUGUGAGACUUUUGAAUACCGUGAAAUGCUCGUUCAUAAAACGUCUUGUCUCUGCAUUUACCAAUGUGGCUUGUAAAGCUAACAAUAUGGAUCAAAUCCAUUGCUAUAUUUUAUGAACCCUCUAUGGUCUCCUUUUAAUACCGUAGAGAAAUGUGUGUUUUUCCGCACGCGGAAAAUGCAUGGCUUGUAGUAUAGAAACCCUGAAUGCAAGUGUGACGGCAAAACGAGUUCAAGAGUUUUCGGAAGUUGGAAAAGUUUUUAAAACCAAAUAUUACCCUUUUUGGAAUAUAAAAUUGAAAGAAGGCCUAAUGUUCUACCGAAUGAGCGGAAGAAUGCAUAUUUUUAUGCAUGGUUUUAGUAUAAUGUAAUUAGACUUUUAGGGGCAUCGUAAGUCAAUGCGUAAAAUUCAUGCUACAUAAAUAGUUCUUUUUGGCAGAGUACAGUUUUUGCAUGCGGCAUGAAGGAAGUUAUUUCGAAAGGCGGCAUCCUGAGGUGACUGAAUUAUUUUAGAUUGUUACUCCGGUCUGAUUAGUUUUACAAACCUACUUAAUUAAUCUUUUCGAAACUAAAACGCAUUUCGGAAUUCCGGUUGACAUUUCAUAAGUUAGCCCACGUACUGUAGUUAUAAAAUAGACCAAACUUUUAUUUCUGACAAAUUGGUUCGCUGUACCACAAUGUCAUGCGGAACGUCAGAACCCCUGUACGUUUAAUUUUGGCGGUCGGCUACAUCAUUUAAUUUUAAUACAGUUUCAAUGUUUGUUCAGGCCAGACUUUGCAUAUGAAUUUUCCUAUGUCAGCUCUCUAAACUACAGGGGACGCUUGUUUUCGAGAGUAGCAUCAAGCAAAUCCUCACCUAUCAGAGUGUUUAUACAUUAGCGGGGCCAAACCCCAGAGGAGUAUAUGAAACCCUGCUGUCCGAAACGAAUUGUAAAUAUAGUUUCACUCAAAACCCUGUUAAUGAUCAGAAUGACGCUCUGCUGAUCUUGAUCAGCAUAACAGCGGAUCUAUACCGAAGCCUCUAGAAGUUACUUUAGGUAAAUGAAAUGGUUGAUCUCAAUGUCUCUUGGUUUUUUUUUAAUGGGAUCCAUAGGCUACUUUCGAAGACUGAAGGUGCAAAGAAAAUUUAAAUUAUGCUGGAGGCCCAGUCUUACCGUCAUGCCCCUUAUGCUAUCUUUCCGUGGUUACUGCUGCCCUUUUUGCUGAUCGAAAUUGCUUCCACUCCACUAGCUUUGCCGCGCCUGCGAAAACUAACCAAAUUUGCUUGUUAACCUCUAUCUAACUUUGUGACUUUCAAGAAUUCCAGCCGUUUUUGGGAUACCAUUAGGCUCCUCAUAGUAGCGUACCUGUGUUCGAAUGCAUUCUUCUGAGAAUUACGACUGUUACUAUCAUAUUAAUUUGCUGAAUUAUUUACGGUACCGCAAUUAAGGAUUUCAGGAUUAAAUGGUGAUAGUUAUCUUCUAAGUGAGAUCAAAACGCAACUGCAUAAAUGUCGUCUAUAGGCCUGCUCAACUUUGAUACGAAUUACAAGACCGGUGGGGGCAGAAGUUUUUAGAAGAAACUGUGUUUGUAUCGCAUUUUCUCUAGGUGGAGCAUAACAUGACGAUAAGUAAUUAAAAACUAGAUGACAAAGCUAAAACCUAGUUCUGACAUUCGAUAUGCAAAUAUACGGAAAAUAAUGCUAUUAAAACACAAAGGAUGUAUUAUUCAUAUAAACACUAGUUUGGUUUAGAAUGUUGAAAGUCCGAGUCACACAAAGAGAGUUCACUGUUGUCUAGAAUAAAAUGGACUUAGGAUUAAAGAAUGAAAAUAGAACAUAGCUUGGUAAAGGACCAAACAGUUCCUCAUCUACUUAUUUAACGCAAAAUGCAAACGGUAAAAUUAAAUUAUCAGGCUUAGUAAAAUCGCUGGAGUAUGUCGUAUUUUUCAGCAGAGAAAAAUUUGCUUGGUGAUCUCAGAAGCUCAUCACUGCUGGGUCUCAAAUCUGGGAUAAAUUUAAUCCCAUGAUUAAUUUGAUUGUUGUGUGCAGUAGAUUUUGUUCCCGUUAACUGUAAGCCCCAUGUUUUCCUUCGGUUGUUGUUUCUCAUCUCAAGGGAAAAAUAUUGCAGCCAGUGGAGGUACCUGGUGCCUUUAUAUAAGAACAUUGUUUUAAAACGUUGUUUCUCCAAUCUCUCGCUUAAAAAGACUACGGAAGCAAGAGAUAUUAAUGCAGACAUACCUUGACUUUUGGACAGAUUUACUAAUUUUAAGGAUGCUGCAUUGUGCUGCUGAUUCGGUAUUUUACUGCGACUCUGAGAUUCGACUAAAAAAUCUUUUCAGUUUUUUUAAAAACGAAAAAAAUAAUUCCAAAAUCUAGUUGACUCUAAUUUUGAAAACAGCUAUUUGAUUCCCUUUUCAAGUAUUUAAAUGUAUAAAAUGUCAUGUAACUUUGAAUUAACUGCUAAAAGAUAAAUAAUAUCUGUGCUGCAGAGCACCUUGGUUGAAUUUCGUUAAUUGUGUAAUUAUAAUGGUUUUGGAUAUUUUGGCAUAAAACGGGUUUGCUCGACAACAAUCGCAAUUUUGCCGUUCAUAUUUCGAAAAUUCUCGAUGAAAGCGCAGCCUAGUCCUCCAGCCACUUGUUUGUUUUUAAAGCGAUCACAACUUGCCAUAUGCAUCAACUUACUGUUUUUAAUUUAGCUAUCCGAAACGUAUCCAUACAGUUUUUGGACGCUGGCGUUCUCCGCGAAAAUAACUCUGCUAAGUUCCGAUGUGCCGUUAAACCCGAACCUACAAAGGAGCAAAGUCUGGAAUUCCAGUAA